AUGAAACCUCUUGCUCAGCUUCUCUUCUUUCUCCUCCAGUUCCAGGAAGGGAAUCUAGUUUCACAAACCAGCUCAACCCCACUGAUGGUGAAUGGGGUUCUGGGGGAGUCAGUAACUCUUCCCCUGGAGUUUUCUGCAGGAGAGAAGAUCAAGUCCAUUACUUGGAUUUACAAUGGAACAUCUAUUGCCUUCAUAGCACCCUCUGAAGCCAAAAGUCCACAAAUCCACGUGACUAAUCCGAAACUGGGAAAGCGACUGAACUUCACUCAGUCCUACUCCCUGCAACUCAGCAACCUGGAGAUGGAAGACACAGGCUCCUACAGUGCCCUGAUGUCCUCAGAGACCACUGUAAAAGUGUCCAGUUACACUCUGAGGAUAUUCAGUUCCAAGGCAGCUGAAGGCACCUAUUGCCUAGUGAAUUGGCUUUUCCUGGGGAAGGGGCUUCUUCUCCUUGUGUUCCUUGGGGUCCUAGGAACUUGGUAUAUCCAGACACAGGUGCUCAGCAAACGCCUGAGGCCUAACUCAGGGUGA